UCGUUUUCGACCAGGCCGGGAACGACGUCGACCGGUGCGCUCGUAUGAAAUCAAGUUUAAAACUGUCAAAUCCAUAUAACUGGUAAUUUCUACGCUUUAUUUGUACCAAUUAUUUGCUAAGCUCUAAUACACAUCGAUCAAGUAAGGUUUCACUAGUUUGUUCGAAAGCUAGUAAUAUAACUAGCUAGCUAACGUUAAAGUCGGCGGAAUUGGCUAGCAAGCUAACGCUAGCAUAGCUAAAGCAAGCUGUGAUAAACCUCUGACAUGUUUUUAAUCAAUUAUAUUGUGUGAGAUUUUGAACGGAGUUAGCGAAUAGCAGUCCAGGCAUAGCUGAAAACAUUUAUCUCCCUUCAAUUUCAGAUAAAUUGGCGUUAGGUACUGUUGGCAACUGCUGUGCUUUGUUAGCAGUGUAACCUCGGUUAAGUUAGUCAAGCUAGCUAGGUUAGCGUUAGCUUAGUUAUCCCAACUAUGCUAUACUGUCCAGAGGGUUUGUAACCCAGGCCUAAGUCUAUACAACCUUAGCUAAAGCACAAAACUGUUUGCUAUAUAAACAUGUUUGAUGGUUAGUCCAAUUGUAUUAGGGUAUGUAAACGUAUUCUAGUAAGAAUUAAUAUACUGACUUAACCGUAUUUACGCUAACUGUACAAGAGGUUAAAUGUUUAGCUAGCUAACCUAGCUAGCGACCGUGAAAGUGAAAUGCACUCGACCAAUAGCGAUAGUAAAUUUUUAUUUCUGGUCGUUGUUUUAUUGUAAUUUUGUUUCGAAUAUCCAGUUUCACUCAUACAUGUAAAACAAGUCUAUUUACAAGGGGAUUUUUUAUUUUAUAUGAUCUUCAAAGCUAAGUUACCUAUCCCACUUACUUAGCUAGCUAGUUAUCGAAAGCGGUGAAUACAUCUGCUGCUGUACGCAGAGCAAGUUAAUCAUGGAUGAUUUGGCUACCUGUCCCCUGAAAGUGACUUUUAACUGCUGUUGUUUCAUACAAAUUACAAUGGGUUUACGGAUUUUCCCCCCCAGUUUCAAAGAGAAAGCCCUUUACAGUAGAAUUGCUAAAGAGGACACAAAGUUGGCGCAUUGAUUUUGAAAAAAAAAAGUUAAAAAUUGAUAUCAUUUUAUCAUCGUUAUGGUUCAGUUGAAAAUUUCAGUCAUAGCUAGACACGAAUGGGUCAGUACUUAGGCGUCAUGUAAUCGGGCAUUAUGUGAUGGUCUGUAAAUCCCAAACUACCAUAAACUAAUAAUGUAGGCUACUUGGUUGUGUGCAGUUUUGUGUCCUCAUGGCUCACGAGCGUAAUUUCAUGAGAGUAGUCACGAAUAAUAUUUGACGUUUUUGGUGCAUUCCUCACUCAUAUACCCACUUUGUCCAGUGUGUGGGGAGUGUUUUUGUUUUCUCUUUAAAUGUAGGUAAUACAGGAACUUGUUCUUCAAUCCUGCCGAUAAGUGGAUUUGGAUAGAGGCCAACCUAAAGGGAAAUAUCUUGGGAAGAUUGCCUUUUUUUUCUACAGUCCCUCACGCAGAUGAAUUUUUUUACAUUGGUUUUUGUCUCUCCCCAAAAUUCUGCUACAAUUUCAAAUUCCACCCAGUUCAAAUUUUCUCACUUUUCUUCAAAUUACCACCCUAUGUGUGAAGAGAGAAGAUUCCUCUACCCCACACACUCAAGAUUUUCAUUCCCAUUCUCCCUGGCCCCCUUCAACAACAUCUAGCUUGAAGAUUUAUGUCCCUUACCCCCUUCUACACUUUCAACACUUGUAUUUAUUGAGGGGGGGAGAGAAGAAAAAAAAACAAAACAAAAAAGGACAUUUUCUUUCACCAGUCAAUUGUAACAAGCAGUCUAAGGCGAGCAGGUUUCUCAGAGAAGGAAACCUAGGCAUCAAGUACCCUGUCUCUCGCCCUAUUCACUCUUUACUCAUCGGUCAAGUGUUCCUUCAGGACCCAUACAGUUUGGAGACAUCCUUGGAAGAAGUGAACCUAGAAUCAUCUACUGCAGGGAGACAGCAGAGGACCCUGUAGCAGCACUGAAGAGUUCCUGACCUGUAAGAGUGCCCUGGCUAUAAGGAGUAUGACCAACACAGGAGAUGACUGCUAUUUCUACUACUAUUCUACAUGCACCAAGGGUGAUGGUUGCCCUUUCCGACACUGCGAGGCUGCCAUGGGUAGUGAGACUGUGUGCAACCUUUGGCAAGACGACCGCUGCUUCCGCAAAGUAUGCAAGUUUCGCCACAUGAACAUAAAGAAAAACCGCAAAGAAAUCGCUUGUUACUGGGAAAAUCAGCCAGGAGGCUGCCAAAAGCCGCACUGUGCUUUCCAUCACGAGAAGCCACGUAUCAUUGAUGGACUUUACGUCCCACCAGACAAAGGCACAGCUGUAAGGAAGGAAAAAGAGGAGGAGACACUGCAGGAGGACCAUGUUCCAUCUGCUCCUGCCCCUGUCUCCAACCCUACUAACCCCCAACUCAGAGGGGUAUUGAAGGCUGAGACUCAGGAUAGUGUACCCAGCCCCACACACCCACCAGUGGUCAUUAAUCCUGUGGAUGAUGAGGACGAUGAAGAUGAUCAGUUCUCUGAAGAGGGAGAUGAAGCUUCCGGCAUCUCUCCAAGGAAACCGGUGUCCUCUAACAAAGAUGAUUCUCUCAACUUUGGUAUCAAAACUUUGGAGGAGAUCAGGUUGAGAAAAGCUCUGAAGGCUAAUCUAAAAAGAGCAGGUCAUCCAGGCUUGCAAGGUGCUGACAGUUUCACCUUGAUAGCACAGCAUAGCAAUGGAACUGGCACUGAGAAAGAAAACAUUCGAUCCCCUACAAGACCUUGUGUUCUCACUACCAAGAAUGAGUUGCUUACUUUGGAGAACCCUGGAAAAAGAAAACCAUCAGACAUUUUUCGAAAAAGAACCAUUAAAGAAGACAUGCCUGUGGAAGGUGAACUUCGCCUAAAAGGGAACCUUGUUAAGCGUCUUGGUGGAUUUAUAGACUCACCCGAGAACGCCAUUGAUGUACCUCCUCAAAAAGCUUUGAGAUCAGUGUAUGAAAGACUUGGAGUACCAUCUGAUCUUGCUGCACCCAAGUCACCCAAGAGUGAGCCAAAGCCAUCAGGGGAGAUUCGGAUUAAAACUCUGGAAGAGAUCCGGCAGGAGAAGGCGGCCAAGUCUCAGAUUCAGCAUAAAGGUGUCCGAGUUGUCACUGAGGAGCCCACCAAAGCCUCAAACCCUACCAAAAAAGGGAACAAACCUGUGAGCUUGAAGACCUUCUCUGAGCUCCUGCAUGAAAAAAAGCUACAGCAGGAUGAGAAGGGUGUGUCUCAGGAAGGCUGUUGCAGCUCUGAGAAGAGACCAGGCCCUGCCAGUGUUGGAGCAGUCAGUGUGGCCACACCCUCAGGGGAGGUCAGAGUGAAAACGCUAGAAGAGAUUCGCAAGGAGAAAGCCACACGGCUGAAUGCCCAUACUCAGGAGGCCAGUGAUGGGGGGCCAAAGAGGAGGAUACUUCGCAUCAAUAAGAACAGAUCAGCUGCUACCAACAACAGUUCUCAGAAGAAAUUGCAAGAAUCUGAGAAGGUGGAUCAUAUUGCAGAGUCUGUUACGACCAAUGGAAAGAGUGACUCCUCUAGCCAAGCUGUUAUGGUAAAGAGCUUUGAGGAGAUUAUGCGUGAGAAAAGACUCCGUAAACAACAAGAGGAACAGUCUUCAUCUGCCAGUCUGCCUGUGCAGGCCGUGCAGAAACCAGACCCUUCACUACCUGAGGACAAGCCUCCUUCUGUUAAAUUACCACGAAUGACGCCACCAACCACAACAAGCAUAUUGAUAACAGAAUCCUCCAAUCAACCAAAGCCUUCUGUACGCCAGCGCCUUGGCCUCAAAACAUCUCCCGUUCCUGUCAUAGUACCCCAGAGGAAGUCUACAGAGCUAGAGACUGAGGAGAACUCUCCCACCACAAGUCCUAAGCAGUCGAAGCCAUUGUCCUCGGUAACUGUACAAGUAGCCGAGGUGGCAGCUUCUCCAGGCUUGCACUCCCAGGAGCCACAGCCAGAGAAGACUCUCUCAGCCCCCAAAACCAUGGAAAUGAAAGUGCGGCCGAAGGUGAAUGUCAGACCAUCAGUGAUGAAGCCAGCUGCUCAGGUGAAUCCUGGUCAGAAGAGAAAAGCUGCAGGCACCCAUGGCUCUGCUGUUGCUGCAGUGAAGCCUCUCAAUGCUGUUCCAGCUUCUGAAACACAACACCCUUACAAACGCAUCGAGCUGUCCGUGCCAAAUUGCAGUUCAGAGGUUGGAUCCCAUAUCGACCAGAUGUCAGCACUUCAUAAAGAUGAUGUCGCCCUCCCAGACAAAACUGCCACCUCAGUGACUGAGCCCUCAGUAGUCCCUCAAAGCCCUGUCAUCAAGACGCCUACACAGAUGCGGACUCGACGGGCGAGCGUCGUGUCUUCCCGUGGCCAUUUCUCUGCAGGACACUCCUCCACAGUGGAUGACUUUGAAGACCUGCUGGAUGAGUUCACUGAUGACAGGCUAGAGAAUGAGAUGGAGUUGGACCCAGGCAAAGGCGAGGACGAUCUCCUGUUGGAGCUCUCAGAGAUGAUUGACAGCUAGACUUCAUCUCAGGAAAUAAAGACCUGUUUGAACUGCUUUGUGCACCGCCUGCCCUAGGCCUAAGCCACUGCCACCGAGGGUUUGGAUGGACUGGAAUCCGUUUCUAUCAGUGAGCUUAUGCUAAUUUAGCUUGGCUUUACUUUAAAAGUAAAAAUCAUUUAUUUUUAUCAAUGUUUAUUUUAAUUUUCUUUAAUAUUUAGAUUGUUUUUGACUGUUUAUUUCCUUUUUAUAUGAACAUUAAAUUUCUGCAUAUUCAAUAUCUUCAGUUCAUUCAUUCAUUAACAAAGUAUAACAAAUAUCUGAAGAAAAAAAAAAAGGAAAAAAAACAUUGAUCAAGCCUUCAUAAGACAGCUUCAGUAACAUGGCUUAUAUAUGAUUUGUUGGAUGGUACAUAGACUUGCUUCAGAUCAUGUAUUAUUGAUGCAGAAAGUGAAAUCUUGUAUACUGUGUAUGCUAUGGAGAGUUUUGUAUGAACGAUACUGUAGGGUUUUGAAGGCAAAAGAUGUCUUAAGCAAUGCCCUCACUUUUUGUGCACAUUUUAAUUUUUGCAGUAGUUUGAGAUUUUCUGACAUUGGACAAGAAAAGCUUAUUUUAAUUAAAUGUUUAGCUUGUAUGUAUGAAGUUGAAACAGUUUCAUAAAAUUUGUCCUUUAAAAAAAAUUGAAUAGGUUUUUAUUUGGGGUGGGGGCAGAAUGUAGAACCCUCUAUAUAUUAUGACCAGUUGCAUGAAUUUUUCUCCACAUUAGUACUUGGGACCACCAGAUAUGUUUUCUCUCCAGGUAAUGCAGGUGAAGGUGUAUGCCCUAGUCAAUCUCUUAAAUGUUAAAUUAAUGUAAAUUUGUUGGUUCUCAGGGACUGUUUCAGCUUUCCAUGUUUGUUUUAAUUAUGGUGAAUUAAGUACUUAUUUUGUCAUGUCUUUUCUAGACGAUUUGUCCCUCAGAUGUCAUGUCUCUUCUAGGUUAUUGUCACUGACUAGAUCUCUGAUAUAAUGCCAUGUGCUCAGAAGAGAUUUAGAAAUAGGAUAAUUAAUUUGUGCUAUGGUAUCCACUUUGUUUUACUUAUUAUAAUUUCUGUAAAAGUUUGUAAAUAAAUACCUUAUGGGAAGGAAACGCAAAA